AUGGCGGAAGAGACUGGUGGGACAACGAUGUUUUUGUUUGGUCAGCAAUCGGAGAGCCCUGACACAGUGUUGCAUCGCUUCCAGCGCCUAAUUUGUCUUGAACAAGAGGAAGAAAAUAAAAAAUCUGGAAAGGAAACCCGAGGAGGUGGCUGGACAAUGCGUCUAACCGGUUCAAUGCAUAGUUUACAAGAGGCAAAGAAGUCUCUUGAACAACUAAGCACACGUCAUCAAAAGCUACAGAGGGAAAUUGGGUCGCUUGCAAAUGAGCUGAAACAACUUCGCGAUCAGCGAGAUGCACUCCGUGAUGAGUUAGACUUGCUCACUCGGCAAACUUCGGACACAUAUACUCAAAACACCGCUGUGGAGGCAGAAAUCCAACGUCUACAGGGUCGCGUAUCCGUCUACGAGAAGGCCUUCGGCCUGCAAAUUAAACGAACUAAGAAUCAUGGAAACAUUCAGGUGGUCAUGCGCGGCUGUUCGCCGGAGAACUACGACCUCCCAAGCUGCCUAAUUCUGAAACCAGUCCCUGAAGAGACAGGCGGCCAGCUUGAGCUGGUUAGGUGCAACCCCCCCAUCCCUGACAUUGACAGACUUCUCAACCUUUUUAAUCAGACUGGAGACUUUCGUAGUUUCCUCCUUGUUGUCAGGAGCAGGUUUCUCAAAUAUUUUCAGCUUCAGAAAAAAUGA